AUGCGGGCUGUCAGGGCUACAACGCCGAGUCGAAGCUCUGCGAGAACUGCAGUUGUCUGGCAGAAGCUGGUGUAUUCGUCGAUCCAGUCCAGAAGAAGUUAUUCGGCCGGGGAUCUGCAUGCAAGGCUGCAACUGGAGCUUCUGGGUGUUCUCCAUCACCUCGAUGAUCGUCAAUUGGUUUGGGUCCGUGUGGGAAAUGUGCUGGUCAACUACCGGGCGGUGGAGUCUGGGGACAAGUCCUUUGCCCAGGGAUUGGCCCUGAUGAUGAUCAGUAUGUUUACCUUGAUUCCGGGUCCGAUUAUAUUCGGGCGCCUCAUCGAUUCCACGUGUCUGGUGUGGACGAAGACCUGCAACGGC